AUCGACGGCUGGGCGCAUGCGCGUCCGUGCUCGCCGAGCGCGCGGGGUCGCGCAGGCGCAAUGAACGCGAUCGAAGGCACGGGCUGCCCUACUGGGCGGUGUAGCUUCCUUUUUUUUCCCCCCUGAGAGAAACUUUUCACUCCCGGCGAAAGGAAAACAGGCGACGGGCUGGGCGCAUGCGCGGCGGUGCUCCCUCAAGCGCGCGGGUCACGCAGGCGUAGUGAACGCCCGCCCUCUCUGCGCUUGCGCUUCACAACCGCGGGACUGUUAACGAAUUCAUUAAGUGCCUCUCUGGUUCCGUAAUGCCCGGCAAAGGAAGAGGAGCUGUGAAGGCAAAGAGGUCGCAGAGUCAACCAGGACCUUCCAGUGGAAGAAGGGGAUCAGGAGGAAGAAGAACAAAAAAGAAACCAGAGAGAGAACAAGGUGCACAGCCAGUGAAGAAGAAGCAGAGAGUGCAGUCUUCUGAAGCAGAAACACCUUCAGAGAGAAAAGUAGUGGUGACUCCAGGUCAAAGAGCAAAAUGGCAGCAACUUUCAGAGAGCUCUAGAGCUCACCUGCAAUCCAUGAUGCGUGGGUUAAUAUUGUCUAUUAUUUAUGAGAGUCCCGAAAACCAACAGGAAAUAGAAAAACACUUAAAGCGCCUCAUGGAAAGGCUUUUAAAGUGCUUUGAGACUCUGAGAGUCCCUGUGGAAAAGCAAAGUAACCCAAAGAACGCAAAGAAGCUUCAGGCAAAGGAAGAAGAAAACAUUGCAGCCAUUGAAAAGGGCUUGGUGGAACUGCAGGAGGCAAUAGACAAAUCGGUGGAAGAAGCAAAGGUCAGACAUGAAGAGACCACAUGUCUUCAGAAUGAAAUACAGGCAUUAAAACGCGAGCUGGCGGCAGAAGAAGAAAUGAUGAGUGAGCUGUUUUCGAAAGAAAGCAGUGAUGUCCUUGCUCUUCCCAAGCUCCAGAAAGAGAGCCUAGAAGCACCUGUUCUUCAGGAGCUGAUGCUGAAGAUCCCAAACCAAAAAGGUGUUCUUGGGGACUUGAACAAAAUCCAGCAAUCAAAGGAGAUGAAGGCUAUGCUGGAUGCUCUUGAGCAAGCCUAUGGAAACCUGGAUGAAUAUGAAGUGCGUCAGAACAUGCCUGAUGAGAUGCAAAGCCAAGAAGAAAACCUUAAUGCUGACCAGCCGCGUGACAGCAGUGGCUCCUUCUGAACAGGCUUCUUCAGCAAAGUGACUCUUCCAAAACAAAGUACAUGGAUCCUGCCCAUUGAACAGAGACACUGGCUGCAUCUCGUUUUAUCUUACAAGAGCUAAUACAAGAAAGGCUGAACCAUUUCGUCUGGAAGCUGUCGUGCUCUCGCAUUCUGUCUUUAGACACUGCAUUCCCAAAAAUUCCCAAAAAUCUUUUGGAUUCAAGUGUCUAAUUAACCAGUCUCUGUGCACAAGCAGAUCUGCUUGUCAUCGUGAUCCCUGAACUCAUCGGAUCAUUUUUUCCAUUUUUUACUGUACAAGAUUUGAUUAAUACCAUGUUUGCGACAUUUUGCAGUUCAAAGACUGCAGCGGCCCACAAAGGGACUAUAUUUAUAUACUGUAUAUUUGUAUAGGACUGAACUUUUGUUUUUUGUAAUCCUUUUCCAGAGAACUGAAUAAAACUGUCUAAAUGCAAUAGA